AGCAGGGCCACCAGGCAGAGCGGGACAGCCAGGAGGAAGGGCAACUUGGCAGAGCCUCAGGAUGGACCCCUUUGAGGACACGCUGCGGCGACUGCGGGAGGCCUUCCACGCGGGGUGCACACGGCCAGCUGAGUUCCGGGCUGCGCAGCUCCGAGGCCUGGGCCGCUUCCUGCAAGAAAACAAGCAGCUUCUGCACGACGCACUGGCCCAGGACCUGCACAAGUCAGCCUUCGAGUCGGAGGUGUCUGAGGUUGCCAUCAGCCAGGGCGAGGUCACCCUGGCCCUCAGGAACCUCCGGGCCUGGAUGAAGGACGAGCGUGUGCCCAAGAACCUGGCCACGCAGCUGGACUCCGCCUUCAUCCGGAAGGAGCCCUUUGGCCUAGUCCUCAUCAUUGCGCCCUGGAACUAUCCCCUGAACCUG